GAGUGAAUCACUUAAGUUCACGUGCAGGAGCGCCGUCUAACGGCGUCUAACAGCUGUCGGACCAGCUGACAGCGCCACGUCGGCAAAAACCGGGCCCCACCUGUCAUAAAUCCACUUAUCGGUGUCCGAUCCGCUGAUCAGUGGUAUUUGCAAAUUGUUUACGGGAGAGUUGGUGUUUUUUGCCAAGAAACUGUAACGUAGUGGUUUCUGCUAACCUAGCCCUCAAACUGGUGGUUUUCUGCAAUUUACUCGCAUGGAACUGAUGCUGGUGAAGGCCACGCUCGAACAAGCUGGACGCAAGGAGCUCGGCGGGCCGGCCAUGGAGAUGUUGUUGCACAAGCUGCGUGACUCGGCGCAAAAUGCUGAAGACUUGUUAGAUGAGCUCGACUACUUCCGCAUCCACGAUGAGCUCCACGGCACCCACGAUGCUGCAGGCGAGCACGACAAGGGUUGCUUCCACAACCUUGCCUUCAAUGCUCGCCACACCGCCAAAGCUUUUGGCAAACUGGUCAACUGUGCUAAGCCUCGGCAGAGGUCACACAGCGACUCCUCGGCCCCAGACACCAAUCAGGAGCUUAGCGGAUGCAUGCCCAAGAUCGGUAAACUCCUCACUUGCUCGUCUUCCCCGCAUCCACAUGUUCGUGAUGAUGAUCGUGGCAGUGAUGACGACUAUCAUAGUGAUGAUGAUUGUGGCAAUGUGCAAGAAACACCAAAGCUUGAGUUUAAUAGGGUUUAUUUCUCUCAAAGGAUGAAGGACAUUGUAGAGAAAUUGCAACUUAUGCGCAAUGAGGUUAGCAAGAUUCUGAUACAUUGUGGCCCUAGAACUGUCCCAGACAUUGCCCUGAGCCGUCCUAUCACCAAAAGUAGAAUUGAUGAGCCAAAACUGUAUGGGAGGGACCAUGUCAUGAAUAGCAUCAUACAUGAUAUCACCGAGGGUCAAUACUAUGACAAGGGUCUAACUGUGCUGCCGGUUGUGGGUCCAGGGGGUAUGGGCAAGACAACUCUUAUAAAACACAUAUAUCGCAACCAGCAAGUGCAGAAUCAUUUUUCAGUCAUGAUUUGGAUAUGUGUAUCGCUCAAUUUCAAUCUAGAUAAGGUGCUAGAACAGAUUAAAACAUGUACACCUCAAGUUGGAAUGGAAAAGGAGGGUAGUACAACAGAAGAUUUGAUUGAACAAAGAUUAAAAUAUAAAAGGUUCUUACUUGUAUUGGAUGAUAUAUGGCGGAUUAGUAAUGGUGAUGACUGGAAAAAAUUAUUGUCGACACUCAAUCAAUCAGAAGAAAGGGGGUGCAUGAUUCUAGUCACAACUCGGUUUCAAGCAAUAGCACAAAAGGUUAAAACAACUGGCCAAUCAAUAGAACUGAAUGGUUUAGAAUAUGAAGAGUUUAGGAAGUUAUUUCUUGCAUUUGUCUUUGGCGAUGAAGAAUGUGCAAGGGAUAAACAUUUCUUACUUGAGACAGGAGAUAAGAUAAUGGAAAAGCUAAAGGGCUCCCCUCUUGCAGCAAAAACUGUUGGUAGAUUACUGAGUAAAGAACUUAGUUUGCGUCAUUGGAAAAGGGUCCUAAAAAGUAAGGAAUGGGAGAAGCAAACUGAUGACAAUGAAAUUAUGCCUGCCUUGAAGCUUAGCUAUGACUUUCUCCCUUUUUAUUUGAAACAAUGCUUUUCCUAUUCUGCAUUGUUUCCUGAAGAUUAUCGUUUCAGAAGCCACGAGCUCAUCAACCUGUGGAUCGGACUAGAUAUUUUGAUACCCGGUGGCCAAAACCAAGUUGUUCAAGAUAUAGGUUUGAGUAAUUUAAAUGAGCUAGUUAUCCAUGGAUUUUUCAGAGAAGAGGAAACCAGUGAUGGUCUGCACUAUGUUAUGCAUGACCUAUUGCAUGAUUUGGCAUUGAAGGUUGCAUCGCAUGAUUGUCUUAGUUUACAUUUCUCUGAUGUUGGGUCAGUAGAUAUUCAGCCAUCCACCCACCACUUGUCCAUACGCACAGAGAACUUGGGUGAAUAUAAUGUAGUGUCUUCUCAAAACAUUAAGAGUGAAUUGGAAAAAUUGAAGACAUCAUUGAAGGUUGAACAUUUGCAAACAUUGAUGUUAUUUGGAGAAAUGGAUAAAGGUUUUGCCAAGAUAUUUGGUGAUAUUUGGGGGGAAGCAAAUGCUCUUCGUGUUCUUUAUUUGCCUGACAUGACAUAUCACGUGGAAUCCAUGUUACAUAACUUUUCAGGACUUGUCCACCUACGAUUCCUAUGUCUAGGGACAAAUGAGUGGCAGAUGCAUUUACCACUUAGCAUCCUUAAAUUUUAUCACUUAAGGGUUCUAGAUCUUAAGUCAUGGCAUGGCAGUUGUGAUUUUCCUGAAGACAUGAGCAACCUUGCAAAAUUGUGCCAUUAUUAUACCCCAAGAGAUGCGGAUCUUCAUUCUGAUAUUUAUAAUGUGGGAAAACUUAAACUCUUGGAAGAGUUGAAGGUAUUUCAGGUCAAUAAAAAGAGUGAAGUAUUUGAACUAAAGCAACUAGAGCAUUUGACCAAGCUAAGGGAGCUUGGCAUCUACAACCUGGAGAAAGUGCAUACAAAAGACGAAGCAGCUCAAGCAAAACUGAUAGAGAAAAACUACUUGAGGAAGUUAACAUUGGACUGGGAUAGUGAUCGAUCUACUGUUGAGCCUGGUGUGGAAGCAAUGGUUCUUGAGAACCUUCGACCGCAUGGAGAUCUUCAAAUGUUGUGCAUUAGAGGGCAUGGAGACCCUUCUUGCCCAACAUGGCUAGGUGAUGAGCUCGUUGUUGAUGCUCUACAAUCUCUUAGUCUUUAUUGUGUUUCUUGGGGAGUUUUCCCUUCUUUAGGGAAGGCAUGGGAUCUUCGUCAACUAAGAUUGGAGCAUAUUUACAAGCCGAAGGAGUUUACUAUAGAGAAAAACUUUUGCAUGCUAAUAAAGCUUGAACUAAUUGGCCUAGGAAGUUUUGAAAAAUGGGUUUACCCGGCUGAACAAGAGUCUUCCGUUAGUGGAGACUUGUUGCCACCGGAUGCUCAUAUGUUCCCUCUUUUGCAAGUUCUGAUUAUUCGGGAGUGCCCGAAACUAUUGGGGUUGCCUUUCUUAGAACACAUUGUUUCCCCAGAUUGGUUCCCCAAGCUACAAGAGCUUGAGGUAUGUGACUGUCCCGAAUUCUUGCCAGUGAUUCCCAUCUCCUGGAUGGAAAGUCUUUGUUUUGUCAAGAUGAAAUGUAUAAAGAUGCUAAAGGAGUUUGGGUACUCAAAAUCAUCCAAUGGAGCAGAAUUGGAAAUUAUCGGAGAGGGUGAUCUGCAUAGCAUCGACCAAGUGUUAGUUUUUGAUAAAGAAACUAGUCUUGGGAAGCUGAAACUCGAGAGGUGCCCACCUCUGGAGUUGAAGCACCUCUUGAUGCUAACCUCGCUAAAGACAUUCAUUGUAAGAAAAUCAGAUGGUUUGGUUGGACCCACUGUUUCAAAUAGCCCGCUAUAG